UACCAGGUUUGAGAAGAGAUCUCUGAUGGAAUCCUACAUCUGGUUUCAAAUAGAGGAAACAGAUUGGGAACAGAAAAGCUCUUUAAAUACAACUUAAUUGAAAUGAAUAUUUUUGGAAAUUUUGACACAAUUUUAAAAGACUAUUUCCCAUAGACAGAGGCUAUGACAGUAGUUUUAUUAUUCACAAAAACAUUGAUUUUUGCAAGUUCACAAGAUAUAACUAAUAUAAUACAUAAUUAGUAUAAUAAUGCCAGUAUAAACUGGCAUUGUAUUAGCUUCCAAUGUUAUAACAUGGCAGUUGUGUAGAAGCUCAUGGAGAAAGAGAUAACUGUUUUGGAAUUGUCCAUAUGUAGAAAAUCCAUUUGAAGAAAAAAUCCAAAAAGAAUAUAGAUGAUUAGGAAGAAAUAUUAAAUCAAUUUAUAGAAAAGCAAAUUUUUUUUGUUCGCAAUUAUUUCCAUUUGGGGCAUCAUGAACAUCCCCCCUGACUAUUGAAUGGUCUGUAAUGUAAAGAGCUCAUUGGGCUAACAAGCUCUCAUUUACCAACACUAAAAGGCAUACAUAUGCUUUGGAGUCAUUUCCCAACAUUUCAAUCUCAAAUGUUUCUGUGGUGUCAUAAGAAGCAUGUUUUAAAUUCCCAGAAACUUAGAAAAGUAUUGUAAACUGUGAAGAUAAAAUUUUAGUUAAACUUUAGUACAAAAAAGUAACUUUUUGGUCAUAGGGAUAUCUUUCUAAUCUCAGAAAUUUCUCUCUGCAGUGGUAAUGUUCCCUAGAAUGCAAUCUGUUGCUUGUGCCAACCAGUUUGACCCCCCAAGUAUGUCAGCCUGCUCUCCAAUACCAGUUUUCUUUGGAAAACCCCUUAGGGCAUUUUUUUCACCCUGGCUUGUUGCUUAUGUUUGGAGCAUAAAUAUACUCCAGUGACAAAAUCAAUACGUUACUGGGAUCUUUUAUGUCCCAGGUGUGCUUUGGUUUCCAGAAAGAACACAUUAAGUGGAAAGUGACUGAAAUUUCACUUUCAGUCACUUGCUGUGUUCUGUUACCAUGCAGGUAACAGAACACAGCAAUAUUAUAGGAGGAUGGUUAGUAGCUCCACUUCAGUGCAAAUUCUGCAGUCUAAAGUGCACUUAGGGUAGGUUUGUUACCCUGCUGCACUGCACAAGGGUCAUUGCUCAUACUAUGCUAAUUUUCCCUUGUCUCUUUUUUUCCUUCUGGUUAAGUCCAGCCCAGCCCCUGUGGAGAACUGAAGUGGAGUUGCAUUGCCUUUUCAUUGCAAUUUUGUAGCCCUGUGUACCUUCUUGUAUGCCAGACAGCAAGUUCUGUUAUGAUUGUAUUCAGCAGAAUCUUAAUGCCAUCCAUCUUUGAAUUGUUCAGAAGAGCAGAGUGAUAGUUUCAGAGUAAAUGCAGACAUGAAGACAUGACUGGACAACAAAUAAUCCCUUAUACAUACUCCCCAAAUUUCUUGUACCUGGAGCAUACUUUUUCCCUUCCCCAAAUGAAACUUGUGGAUUUAAUCUUAUACCAGAAAGGUUUUUAGAUUGUGUAAAAAUGAGACAUGUUCACUCACAAGAGUCGUCUACCCUUUGAUUCUCUGUGUGAGUCACUGUUCUGGGUGUGUGAUCUCCUGAGGGUAGCUAGUACUGCUGAGUACCUAUUUUGGGAAUGAGUGAAUGAUCCAAUUGCAUCAGUACAGAGACCCCCUCAGUGGAAGCAGAUUGAAAGGAGGCACGAUCAGCGCAGUGAAUCAUAUACAAAUGGAGUAUGCAGCCAACUGCUCUGGGUCUGAGGGCAAAAAUACAUUGAAUAUCUUACUGCAAUCAAAUUAUGACAUGUGUUCCAGAAUAAAAAUUAAUUAUAGUGUUUUCUGAGCCAAAGAGUCUCAGCAGUUCUUACUGAAAAGCAUCUUAAUUUGUUGACACCUGCCGUGUAGGAGCCCACUGCAACAGAUGACACCAAAGAUGCUGACGAGAAAGAUUAAGCUUUGGGAUAUCAAUGCCCACAUAACCUGCCGUCUUUGCAGUGGUUAUCUUAUUGAUGCUACCACUGUAACAGAAUGUUUGCAUACCUUCUGCAGGAGUUGCUUGGUAAAGUAUCUCGAGGAAAAUAAUACCUGUCCCACAUGCAGGAUAGUUAUACACCAGAGCCAUCCACUACAAUAUAUUGGUCAUGACAGAACAAUGCAAGAUAUUGUUUACAAACUUGUUCCAGGUCUUCAAGAAGCGGAAAUGAGAAAGCAGAGGGAAUUCUACCACAAAUUGGGCAUGGAAGUACCAGGUGACAUCAAAGGGGAGACGUGCUCAGCCAAGCAACAUUUAGAUUCCCACCGUAAUGGGGAAACAAAAGCAGAUGAGAGUACAAACAAAGAAACAUCAGAAGAAAAACAGGAAGAAGAUAAUGAUUAUCACAGGAGUGAUGAACAGGUAAGCAUCUGCUUGGAAUGCAACAGCAGCAAAUUACGUGGAUUGAAGAGAAAAUGGAUUCGCUGCUCAGCACAAGCUACAGUCUUACAUUUAAAGAAGUUCAUUGCCAAAAAACUUAACCUUUCUUCAUUUAAUGAGCUGGAUAUAUUAUGCAAUGAAGAAAUUCUGGGCAAAGACCAUACUCUCAAAUUUGUAGUUGUUACAAGAUGGAGAUUUAAGAAAGCACCUCUACUGCUACAUUACAGACCCAAAAUGGACUUGCUGUAAGAACUGUUUUUGUCCUUCUGGACGGUUUUUUGCAGAGACUAUCAUUGGGCACCUUCUUAGUGCAUCACGCAAUUCACCUGUGACACAGGCCAGCAGAAUCCAUUCCUGAAGACUGUAGUGCUCUCCCAUUCACCCAUCCUGAAUAUUUCUCCAAGGGAUGCAUUCACCUGAUUUUUCUGGACAGAAGAAUAUUUAUACUUUUUUCUACAAAAAUGGAAAUUGCCGCUUGAGAGGACACUACCAGCACGAAGUUUACAGAUGCUGAAAACACUUCACAGUUCCCUGCGCAUAGCUCAGUUCUUGGUCAUCAUCCUACACAUGCCAAAUAGGCUUAAAACGGAGUUUGUGAAGGAGUUCAUUUAGGGUUUGUUUUCAACCAAACAAUUUUUUGGGGGGUUGCUUCACAACUUUAUUGUGGCAUAUAGUAGUAUAUUUUUUGCAAGGUUUUCUGUCUCUUAUACCUCAUAGCCAUCUUGUCUGUUAGUAAGCCCUUUGUAGAAUAUUUAACAUUGACGAAGAUCUAAUGGCUGGCAGUGAUUUUGCUGUAUGACACUGUUUUGGAUUAUGCUUCUUUGUUCCUCUGCUGGCUCAUUUGAUGAGGUUAUUGGAAAAGUUUCAGUUGUUUCCAUUCUGAUGCAGUUUUAUCAGAUCACAUCAAAGUGCAGAGCAUUUAGAAAGGCCCCUUUUUUAUGGUAAACAGAGCUUACAGAGCUGGGGCUGAUAUUGAACUGGGGGAUUUGCCUUUCCACAAAUGAAAUAAGCCGUUAGCAGCCUUAACUACUUGAACUCCAGUAUUGUUCCUUUGAACGACACACUAUUCUAAUGUUUCAGUAUAGUUUCUGUGACAUGGAUUAGUACAUUCACUUUCCUGCUGAUUUCUAGUUUCUGUAAUAAGAAACUAAUGAGAGCAUUGUGUUCACCUGAUUCUCUACUGAACUUAUAGGGUCAGAUCUAGUUGGCAAUGUGGUACUUUCUGGCCUUAAUCUAUAAAUUUUUAUUUAUUUUUUUAAAUCUAUUCCCCCCAGGAAUGCAUAACCCCCUUUAAAGUAUUUAAGUGCAUUCCCCUCACACUCGGUAGAGGAUCGAACAGCUUCAGAUGGUAAAUGCCGCUGUACUUGAACACAGCCUCUUGAAAUUUUGCAGGGGAGGGGGUAACGUUCUGUUCAGAGGUGACUUCUGCAGUUUUGCACCACCCAGAAAGUGUGUGCGUCCAGAUUUUAUGCUUGUGAUUGGUAAAGGAUGCUUAAAGCUCUCUCAUCUGAGGCCAUGUUGCUAAUUCUCAGUGAUCUGGUAUGGGCUGUCUCCAGUGCCUAUCCUCAUGGUAUCCCCUACAUAAAGGCCUGUGUUCUUGUCUUUCUUCAGUGUGCUUGUGCAUACACAAAUAUUGUUUGCAUGUACACAAAUUGGCCUUUUCUCUAUCAGACACCCACUUGGUUGGGAAUUGUCCAUGGCAGGUAGGAGGUUGCCAUUGAAAAUGGUAGGCAAGAAGGGAUGCUUUGCUUUUCACCAUUGCAUUUUAUUCUUCUGCAGAAAGCUCCUUUGAGCUAAGUGUUACCAUUUCUAUUGCUUAUGCCCUGCUGCUGCUGAUGGACAGAGCUGGAAUUUUGACCUGCUGAGAAGCAGAGUGUGGCCGCGUGGUUGUGUGAAGCCUGAGUUUCAGAAAGAAGGGGGGCAGGUUCAUGUGGUUUCUCCAUCAUGGGAGAAGGUCUUUUCCACUUUAGGAGCUUAGGUCUGCUUAGGAAAUAUAUAUUCCAAUUUACUGCUUGACAUAAAUGAAUAAGGGCGACGGAUUUUGAUUGUGAAACAAGCCCAAGCAAGGUUCAACAAGGAGGUAUGUGCUUGGGCUGUUGGCCACGUUAACAGACUCUAAAAUCAAUGCAAAUGUGUGGCAUGAAAUGCAUGCAAAGCAGCAAAUGCAUGUCUGAAGCAGGAAGCUUUUAUUUUGUUUUGAUGGAUUUUGAGAUCAAUUCUCCAUUUUUAUAGCUUUCCCCUGUUAGGCCUCUUUUUGUAAGGAUAAGGCACAAGGCACUCACUGUAUCCUCCAAGGAAUAGGUGAAUAGUCCCAGUUCCAUUUGCAUCAGCUGGAAUAAAAAGGAGUGAUCAAACUCUUCCCAAGCCACCUUCUCCUUCAUACAGCUUCCUCUGACUCUUGUCAGCAGAUAAGGAUAUUGGAAACCCAUCUUUCCAUUGUGAGUUACGUGGCCUUCCUUAUCUCUGAUUUUAUAGUAGUAAAUAUAAAUAGGUGGAGGUCAAAGGAGUCAAACGGAGGGACAAAGAGGAAAUGGAAGCAAGUAGGAAGUGGUGGGAUGAAUACCCAAGUUUUGGUUUAGCAGCAGACGUGGGGGCAAAGAGGUUGGACACUCUUCCAGGGAAAGGUCUCCUGUGCAUGCCUGUUCAAGUAAAAGGGAGUUGUAAUGAGUACAUCGACCGUUAAGGACAUUUAUCCACUUUUGUAUGGCAGACCCACUGAAAUGAUCAGGCACACACUUGUGCCCUUGUGAUCCUUCCAUUUGUUUCCAUGGGACGUGUCCAGAAGAAUUUUCUAUGUUUGGAUAAGUGACCUUAAAACUCCUCUCUUUCUGAUAAGAAACUGGAUAUCGGACAGUACCUUCUAAGUUUAAAGAUUUUUUUAAAGCAGUUAAGGGAAGACUGGACCUUGAAGAGGACCAUUUGGGAAUAUAUCAGGACCCCCCAGAUAGUACAGCCUUAAACUCAAGGUGUUCCUCCCCACCAGUUCACAGGCCACAUGGUGCUACCCAAAAAUAUGCUGGCUAACACUGCUGGCGACCCCGUCUAGUGCCCACUUGAUUCAGCUAAACUUUUUGGAGAGUUUAAUGACCGUAUACAACGAUUCAGUCUACCUCAGACUAGAUACACAGCUGAAUUGUAAGACCGAUGCCAUCUUAAACUAUGGAAUACCAAUAUUAUCCUGUGUAAUUUGAACUGAGGGAUUAAAUAGUAUCAAGAUGCAAACUACAACCCCACAACUCUUGACUGCAACAGUCUACAGAAUCUGUAUUGCUAAGUUUAUAGCAAAUUUUUGAAUCACUUGAAUUUGAUACGGUGCUAUAUAAAUAUAUUUAAAUAUAUAUAUCUAGUCAGGUGCAUGAAGCCAAAGCCAGCAGUAGACACCUUAAGCUGGUUUUGCUACUCUUAAAUGAGUGUUUAUCUCUGCUUUUAUAACAGCCUGAUGAAAACGACCUUGACAGAAAAUACUUGGUUUCUUUUUCUUUUCUAAGCAGCUUCUCAGAAUACUUCUUUUUUGUAUGGAAACUGUGUCCCUUGAGGUGUGUUUGUUUCAAAGACCUAGCUGGCUUGUUUUAUCAGAAAAACUACAGCAAAUAUGAACAGAGCAGAUCCUUGUGAUAGACAUUGUCUCUCUUCUGUGAAGCUUUUAAGGGGCAGGUUGCACAAUGGUUAUGUUGGCAAAACGUUUUGCCAAUCUUCUGGCUCUAGGUCUUCAAAUCAUAUUCAGCUUAAGUGGCUUGUGUGUUCAGGCCACACUGAAUUUAUCUUGGUCAAUUGAGCGAUAUAUAAAGUAACUGUGAAGUCGGAUUUGUUUUGUUACUUUUUUUUUAAAUGACUGCUUACCGCUGGUAAAUAAAUGCAGUAAAACUGUCUUGUUGCAUUAUCCUUGUGGCAACAAAGAGACAAGCAUAAUGACGCAGGUUCAUGGUCUCGCUUGGUAUAAUUUUCUUUUAAAAUAGAGAAAUCAGAAUAUAUAAUAAUGAAUUUUAAAUAAGAUUUGGGGGGUUUAAAAGUUAACUUUAUAAAAUUAUUUAUUCUAUUUUAAGCCUUCUAUCUUACUUUUUACCAUCUAAGUAUUUUUUUGGUUUCGAUGGUCCAGCUUUAUUUAUGGGCAUAUAAAAUGAAAUUGUGAGAUGUUUUUUACAAGCUUCUUCCUUCUUUUUGUGAGGGCCAAAUUAGAUGUUGCACUAGUGCCUGCUACCAAAAAUGGCGGCCGCAUGUCUGGUUACUCUGCUUUGGUAUGUCUAGUAUGACAUAUCCGUGGCCUGACCUCAGGUCACCUUGACUAGUUAGUCAAGUUAUACUAGAUAUCAUGGAGUGGUAAGGGAGAGGAGAGGAGCGGCGACGGCAGUGUUUAUGUUUGGUAGCAGCCACACAUUUUGUGCAACUUUUAGUUUGGCCCCAUUUGAUUUCAUUUUUGGUAUAUUUUUGUUUUGUAUGGAUAAAGAGCAUUACUUUAUGCUUUUUGUGCAAUAGGUUUGGAAUGUGCUUUUGUUAGGCAUACAUUUUAAUUGGUAAAUGUAGCAUCUACUAACUGAAAAGGAAUGUAGGUGAUUUUAAGUGUACAUUCAAAUGAGCACUCUCUCUCUCUCUCUUUCUCUCUCUCUCUUUAAUUUUCCCCCUUCUCUCCUUCCUGGAAUUUUUAAAAGUGACAUUUGGGAGUUGUGUCUGUGUGCAAGAACUACCUGUCAGCAAUAUUUUAAAAAUGAUUUGGCAAGGACUCUUAAAUGUGAAAUGUGGAAGUAAUCAGCAAGAUUUGCAGCCUCUCAGACUUUCUUUUGUAUGUGUGCGUGUGCCAUUGGUAUGUCUGGUAUUUUUCUCACAUUUGUAUAAGAUUUAACCUGGAAAUAUUUAUUUCUUAGUGGUUGUGCAAUGCUACAGGCGCAAAUUCUAACCUCUGGAGAAAAACUACAAUGGUUAAAAAAUAUCAGACUUCAAAAUAUGAUGGUGCUAAUUUUUUCUUUCCUGAAUGAGCCUCUUGAAAGCUUAUCUGGCUCUUAUUGUUUUCAUAACAAUCUAAUUAGUGUUGGGAAUUUCACUGUCCUGCUUCUUUUCCAAUGGAUGACAAAUCUAUUAGCUUAGUUAGCCUAUUCGCAAUUAUUUGAAACUGAGCUGUAUCUUUAAAUGCAACAGGAGAAAGCCAACCAGUUUGUACAUCUACACAAUGACUCUUUGAUAACUUUAUAUUUUAACCAGUUCGUAAGAAAUGCAUUUACUGCAGAUGGUAAAACUGUACUUUACAGAAAAAAACCUGUUUCUGUGUUUCCUCAGGUAAUUGCUCCAGUUUUAAACACUUCACAUGAUACCUUAAUGUAGUGUAGAUUUGCGUGUGGGCCCUCGGAUUUAAAGCAUAAGGAGAUGAGGCGCACAGACAGGCCACUGCUUGUCCGAAUUGCAAGUGGAUGUAUUCACCUUGUCAAAAUGUGCACAAGGAACACCACACUUUUCUUAAGAUGCAGACCGUUGGCUUGGAAGCUCACUUUCCUGUUUAAGUGGAAGUGGUGGUGGAGAUUUGUUUCUAACCCUAAAAUUGGCUGUUGGCAUUUGAGUCUGACUUCCUCCCCUUUUUAUUGUGUGUGCAGUGUCCCGGCAGUGUCUCUCAGAGGCUGCAGCUCCCCAUCUGGGUCUUAGGCUCAGGCGCUGUACAGAGCAGAGCCUGAACCUAACUACAGCUGGACAGCAUGUGCAGAACAGCUGCAUAUUGGGCAGGAACGGGAUGAGGAUGUGUGACUUUAACUCGCCGCUGACCUCAUGCAUCCAGAAAGGCCUGGGAGUGGGGGAGGAUGCAAAGGAAAAGCAGCAGAGGUGAAGGAUCCUCUCCUGCCCACCACUUGAUCACUACAAAUUGUCCACUUGCCCCACUGAUUUGCAGGCCCAAGUGUGUUGCUGAAUGGGUAGUUUGGGCCAAAGGCAUCUGUUUAAUGUCCGUGAGCAUUGAACCUUCGAGGUUGCCUGUGGGUCUCCUUCCUCUUUGUGUGAAUGGGCACAUACACUUGCAUGAGGAAAGUUAACCGAGGUGCAUGGCGUGCACACACCAGGUAUAGGGCACAACAGAAUGCCCUCUCUAUAGGGCAAGUGACUAGCAUUAACAGCCAAGUGACAGGACAAGAGUCACAAAUGCCAUUUAUUUUGCAACAAGAUACACUUAGGGUUAUGGAACAAUAAGCCAGAGCAAUCGGUUAAGCCUUUAUCCUCACUAUGUGGCAUAAUAAAAGUUGCUGAAAAUUCUUGCCCUAUUUUGAAAUUGAAAAAUCAUAUUUUUUGGCUUGGUUUCAUUUGAAAGUUUACAUUUUUUUACACUUUGUGUUGCUGUGUAACUUUUGUACUAUUGGUGGCUAGUUUUGUCUGAAUAAGCCUUUUGGGGAUUAUUGCUUAAUGUUUUGAUUUUAUGAUAGUGAAGCUUGUAUUCAGUGUUCUGCCAAUUAAUAUUAUAUGCUUGUAAUAAAAGCCAAAAAAAAAACCCCUCCUUAUACUUCUUUGCUUGGGAACAUUUCCAUAUGGAAUAACACAAAUAUAUACAAAUAGAGUGCAGAGUUGAACAUAGAAGUGCAAUAGAACAGUUUAAAA